AUGGACAGUGUUGUCUCUGUGAACUACUGGCUGGGACUGCUAGCUUUUCUGCUUCUACAAGGGGUAGUCAGUGUGGAGGGAAGAAGCAUCUUCAACCCUGGUGAGUCUGCUGGUUUGGUGAAUGAAUGUGUACUAGCUGCUGGCCUAUUUGAGGCACAGACUACCUGAAGAUGUAGGCAGUCUGAGGAUGCUGGAUACAACUAUGGGUUCAUUCCCAGCUGCUUGCAUGCAUUGUCAGUUGUUAUAAUGUGAGCAUGCAAAAGCUCUGCUGGAGGAUAAUUGGGACAAAUUGCACAAAAGAUCUGCAACAGGUAGUAGUUUCAAUAGUUGUUAUUGCCAUUCAUCUUUCACAUAUGAAUAAUUAUUCUAUUGGUAUUCCAUGGCAAACUAAUGUAGUGUUUGCUUGGCAAUUCAAUUGUGUUCUUCUAACAAUACUGUUAAUACUACACUGUGAAUGUGUCUCAGUUUAAAGGGGAUAUUGUGUAAUUAUAUAUUUAUGUACACCAGGUGCAUUUGAAGUUGUUUACAGUAAACAGAUGUAUUGCCAUUUGCCACAUAUUCAGGAAACCAUGUCUAUCCCCAAAGAGGGGACACAGAUGCCCAGAACAAGAUUCUAGCGUUGUUACUACAUAAAAGCUUAGAACCUAUUGAAAGAAAUUACGCUUUAGGUAAGGAUUUACAGUAUAUCACACACACACUAAUUCAGUGUUUGUCAAUGUAGAAUAUAUAAUGAUGUGUGUGUGUAUAUAUAAUAUGACAUGGACUGACCAAGUGUUUCUCAGGUUUGCCGUUUGUGCUAACACAUUUUUUCUUCUCUGCAGGUUUAGAGUUGGCCAACAAACUAGAGGAGCUGGAGGAGGUAGGUCAUUCAAGUGUUUUGUACACACUGACUGCAAUAGUUUAAGCACUUGGUGUGUUCUGUGCAGUCAUAUAUUUCAUUCAGCUGAUAAGAUGGCAUGCUUUUAAGCAGGGUUUAUGAGACGAACAGGUAAACAUAGUUAUCUGACUGAGAUACUGUGUACAUUCUGUGGAAAAUUCCCCUUGGAUUUAGCCUUUACAAGGUUCAUCAAGCAAAUCUACCUAUUGUCUGACAGAGUUCAAAUGGGAGCUCUAGCAGCAUAAUUGAUUAUGUCUCUCAUGGCCUUGGAUAGUGAUUUACCUUCCAUGAGAGAAGUCUGCUUCCAUAAAGACCAACACAGUGAUCCUUUGACCGUCUGUAACCACUGUGUUCUCUCCUUACAGAUAGAGGCUUUGAAGGAGGACUUAGAGCUGGAAAGGGAGCUCUCAUCAAACACACUAGCAGAGGACAAGUCCAUACCGAGGAAAAGGGGCGAGCGUAAGUUUCUUAUUGCUUAUUGUUGGUGAUGGCAAUAAUUUCAUAGUCAUAACACAUUUUAUUUACUAUAGUGGUCUUCAUUUUACAACAAUGAUAUUCCUCCUUGUAAUAGAGCAAGAGACUGAACAGUGUUUUUCUCUGUGUCCACAGCCUGUUUCUGGAAGUACUGUGUAUGA